ACACACACACACGCGCAUUCACACUGUGUUGGCUGUGAUAACACAUGGCUGUGUAAAACACAACGUACUAACAACGUUAGUACUCCGAACGGUUACAUUCGAUGACCUGGGAGCAGAGGACAGACACUCGCACCUACUGACAUUCAACAUCUAUCUCGAUCUAUAAUGAAUAUAUUCCUGGAAACAAUCCAGGUCCUCCUGCUGUCAUUGUGGUACAAUGUGGAAUCCUUCAUCCAUCUCUUUGUGCCCCGGAAGAGAAAGACCAUAGCUGGUGAGGUGGUGCUGCUUACGGGGGCAGGUAGCGGGAUUGGUCGCCUCAUGGCUCAGGAGUUUGCGGCCCUUGGCACUGUGCUGGUUUUGUGGGACAUUAACCAGGAUGGGAUGAAGGAAACUGCCAGACUGGCUAAACAGAGUGGAGCCAGCAGAGUACACUACUACCUGUGUGACUGUAGUGACAGGAACGAAGUUUACAGAGUGGCUGACCAGGUAAAGCGAGAAGUGGGUGAUGUCAGCAUUCUGGUGAAUAACGCUGGCAUCGUGACAGGAAAGAAGUUCAUGGAUGCUCCAGAUUCCCUGAUUGAGAAGACAGUGGAGGUCAACACAAUGGCUCACUUCUGGACAUACAAGGCCUUCCUUCCUGCUAUGAUUGCCAACAAUCACGGACAUCUUGUCAGCAUUGCCAGUUCUGCUGGGCUCGUAGGAGUCAAUGGAUUGGCAGACUAUUGUGCCAGUAAGUUUGCAGCAGUAGGUUUUGCAGAGUCCGUGGGUCUGGAGCUACUGGCGACUGGGAAGGAUGGCAUCAAGACCACCAUUGUGUGUCCAUACUUCAUCAACACUGGGAUGUUUGAUGGAUGUCAAACCAAGUGGCCAACGCUGCUACCCAUCUUGAAUCCAGACUAUGUGGUGAAGAAGAUCAUCCAUGCUGUGCUCACAGACCAAGCGUACCUGCUGCUGCCCAAGACUUUGUACCUCAUCACUGCUCUCAAGAACAUCCUCCCCGUGAAGCAAGGCAUUAUGCUGGGCCAGUACCUGGGAGCCUUCAACCUCAUGGAAAAUUUCAGGGGACGCAGCAAAAAACUUGAGUGAGGUAGCAGAAUAAGAAGUGAAGAAUGAUAUGGAAGUAUUAAAGCUAUCCAUUUCAACACCCCUUUUAAUCCAAAUCUUCCUAGUGUGUUGUUGAAAUUAUACAGCCCAGGACAGAACAGUAGAGGGCAACAAAUAAAUACAAAUAUUGAUGUUCUAUUGGUUUCUCUAUAUCUGAGAUUGUAUAAUCCAUAUUUUAAGCCUAAUAAUCAUAUUUGGGCUACUUUUAAACUACAUUAUCGUGAGUGAUUUUUAAAUAUGAUUUUAUAGAAAAUAAAAUGUGCUUUCAAAGAUUACCAUGAAUCUUCCUGAUCGAUUAUGGAAGUUGAAUGUGUAUGCAAGUGUUCUUGACUGCUACUACCUGUUAAAGUACCAAUAUGGCUGGAUCACUAUACCUCCAAUACAACAGCCAAUAUCUCAAUGUCAUAUUAACAAUUUUAGGGGUCCACAAUAAUCACGUAUGUGGGGUUUUAAUUUUGCUCAGGGUCAUUUCACAUCUCACAAGUAAAGUGCCUUGACCAAGCACUCAUCCUCAGGUACAAUGAAGUGAACUGAGAUUCUUAGGUCAGUGAUAGCUUUUAACUAUUCAAAGGUUAACUAGAACUGCACUAGCUAGUAGCAUACUAGCCUGUUAGAGAUAGCAAGUAGGUGACUGGGGACCCCUCUGCUUUUGUUAUUGUUUCCAUAUAUUCAUGCAUUGGUGACAUUUUCCACCCAAGCAGAUCACAUACAUUGACUUUGCUUAGUGUGAAUACCCCUUGAUCUUAGCCAAGCUCAUGUCAUCUGCAAACUGAAUUUCCAGAACAUUUUGAGGCACAAAGACAAAGUUGUCCCAAACUGUGACAAAUGUCAGAUAAAUUAGCGCUAAAUUAGAGGCGGUUAAAUGGAAGCAAUAUGCAUUUGUAGUCUCCUAGUGAGCAAAGCAAACUUCAGCUAUAUCCAUUAACUUUUCAUUUCCUACUGUGUUAUUCCUGUCAUCAAGCUAAUGUUAAUUUAAAAAGCUGCAGAAGGGUCUACUUUAUGGUUCACUUGCAACAUGCACAGCUGUGCUUUAACAUUACAAUUAUGCCUGCUAUUAGUCUUGUGUCUUGAUGUAGGUAAAACUGUGUCAGAAGAAUCACAGGGAGCUUGAAUAUCUCAGUGUUCUUCCACUAAUAUGUUCAGACAUCAAGUACCCCUUUCCCUGCGGGUGAAAACAUUUUCAACAUUCAGAAACAACUGAAGUCACAGUUUUUUGUUACUGUUCUUUUUGAAGUAAUAGCCAAAUAUGUUGCACUAAUUUCCAGAGAGAUUUUAACAGUCCUAUGUUAACUGAUGAAGUACAUUUACAUGCACUAACAUUGUUUGUAAAAUAUUAUAUUAUAAGACUAUAAUAGACAUAUCUGAAUGCAUAUCUAUCAGGGAUCAUCUAAACUUAACGAUUUAUAUCAUUUGAGUGUAUGUAAUUUGCAUUUGACAUCUCAUCUUGAACAUGUAUUCUGUAAAAGCUUAAUUGUUGAUAUGUCCAUAUGGAAUAGGGUCCAGCGUAUACCAGUUGAUUUAUCAUGUAAACCAAUAAAGAAAUCAGUUAAAGGAAUGUAGGGAGUGUUGUUAAGUAUGAAUCAAACAGUACAUUUUCAGGGUCAGUCUCACAAUGUUUGAAAGUGAGCUACCUGCAACACUUAUUCAGAAAAUCCUGAUGAUUAAAUUUCAUUUCAAAUGUAAAA